AGUGCUAUUUUUGGAUGAGCUUCAGAAACUCCUAUGCAGUGACAUGUUCAUACAUCAUUCCCUUCAACUUUAAUGUUGCUCAUGCAAUAAAGAUGGCAGUGAAAUAUUUAAAAAUCGGAAUUGCGCUAUUAAUUAUUUACUGUCUUCAUUUAAGUGAAAACACACAUCUUGAAUGGACAGAACACUCAAGGAAACAUGGUGAACCAUGCGUUAAUCAUGACCAAUGCAUAGACUUUCGAAUGAUUUGCUCUGAAACAGAGUUUGUUUGUCAAUGUGAUCAAUUUCAUGACUGGACAGAGCUUAACGCAUAUACAUCAGAAUGUGUUCCUAAUCCGCAGCGUCUCCGCUCUUUUUUAUCGGAAAACCAUGAAACUAAGGGUGUUGAAGAUAACAAGUCUAUAAAAACAAAAGCUGUUUAACAACAUGACAUACUCAUGGCAGCAUGGAUGAAGGAAAAGAUCCAUCAAAACAAGUAAACACAAGACCUGAAUCAUCAAAUUCUGAAGAAACUCUGAACAAAAUAGCACAACUUGAAGAAAAACUUAAAGCGUUGUAUGAUUUUGGUGAGCAAUCACAAAAAAUUCGAGAAACUCGUAGAAAGUUAAUUGAAAAUCUGAUGAAUUUUACUGGCGCAAAAACAACAAAGUCAACAACCGUAGUAGAAAAACGGGUGAGAUUUUCUGGUGAACAAGACUUUGUUAGGAAAAAAGAAUUGCAGCGAGAGCUAAGUAGACAAGAUUCUUAUCCACAGAUCCUGAACAAGACCAAAUCUGUACGUGAUCUAAUGUUUCAUCUUCAUACUUGGCAUGGAGAGAUAAGAAAAAGAAAGGACCAAAUAGAAAUGUUAAAAACCAAAAGGAUGGGUUAUAGCGAGGAGAAAGCUCAAGAGUUAGAUGAGAAGAUUAAACAACUGGAAAACGAAAAAGAUGAACUGGAUGAAAAAGUACUACAUUUUGUCCUUCAUAACAUUGAUAACAAUAAGGAGGAUUAUAAAGAAUUGAUUACGCACCUGGAGGUAGAAAAUAAAGAGAUGGAAGACAGAAUGGAUUCAUUACAAAAAAGAAUUGCAUUCCUCAGAGAAACCACAACUGCUCUACUGUAUGAAAAUGAACAGUUGAGAAAAGAUCUUCAUCAUUCACCAAGUUCAGCAACAUUAAUUUUGGAGAAAAGGUAUAGAGAGAGCUUAAUGACUGGAGCACGAAAUUUAGAUUCAUUUUCUUGUGAUGUACAUACCACUGCUUCCGAGGAACUAUACUCACUGGAUUUGGAAAAUUAUGAUGAUCUGUCUUCGAUUCAAAGAACUGAGGACUCCUUCGAAUUAGACAAAAAAAUGUCCACGUGGAAAACUGAUGAUGAGUCUCUGCAGAAAUGCCUCAGAAGAUUGUCAGGAGAUCAACAUGACAUGAAAGUAAUACACAUGAAACUGACCAUGGUGAAGCAAUAUGUUCAGGUACAUGGUACUAAAAGUAUCAACAAGUAUACAUUUAUAGACAAUUCUAAUCCAAAACUAUCUCUUCCCAGGUGAACACUACAACUUCUUGAUAUUUCUGUACAUAAAUUUAAAUAGCUAUUUUGAGUUCUUUUCCAAUUAAAAUUAAAGUGACUUAUGAUUUGUAUAA